AUGCCGGUGGUUGGAGUGGCGUCCAAGCUGAGGCAGCCCACCACCACCAGGCCAGUCCACACGGCUCUUCCCAUCCCCAGCGCGGUGAGGCGGGAGCUGGGGACGGGACAGGGGUCGGUCCAGCUCAGCUCCUUCGCCGGUCUGCUGUCGGGGAAGCCGGAGAAGGUGAAGCCAGAGAGGAGCGGUGCAGGAGCUGCGUUUGUGGAGGGGAGACGGAAGGGGGAGACGGAGGAAGGCAGGAUCUGUAAGGUGAGUGUGGAGAGAGAGCUACAGGUGGAUGCAGAUAUGUGGGAGCGGGCCGUGGUCAUUCAUCUCCAUCUGGAAAGCUCUGGGGUUAGCUGA